AUGUUCGCCCAACCGUUCGACCACUCGUUCAAUGACAUUUUCCACCAAUACGUCAAUCUGGACACCUCUGCACCCGAUUGUAAAGAUCCCGUGCUUACCAGCAGUUGGGACCAAUUUUUCCCGCUCGAUGCUCUGUCGAGCGACUGUGGCGAUCUCUCCCCCACUGUCUCCACUUCGAAGCGCCAUCCUCCAUCACCGCAACCUUGGCCUCAAGACUGGUCCCUGCAGGACGACAGCUGUAUUGCGGAUCAAUUUGCUUUUUCAGACACCAUUCAACCCUCUGCCAUUUCUGAACAAGCUUCAACGACAACUUACGAGACCCCAGCCCGGCCGACACUAGCUCACCGUGCCACCAUUGCUGUCUCUCCAUCGACCCCUCCAGUGACUCCUCAGCGCAAAGCGACAAAGAGCGCGCUCCUUACACCCAAGUCCAUUCGCCAUCGGAACCCGAAUGAGCGUCGAGCCUUGCUGCGCAAGCAAAGUUUCUCUCCCAGCUUGAUGCAAUCAACCAUCUCCAAGGGAAGAAUGUCUUACCCUGAGGCUUGGGCCCAACGGAUUCAGAACUUCACUCUCACCGGCUCGGAUGACCGUCUGCCUCUGUCUCCCCCUCCUUCCGAUGUGCUCUUGCAGCAGGGACAUCUCGGGGACAACGCGUCGGUACAGCAUCCACGAACCUCCGCAGAGAUGGCCGCGCAGUAUGAUGCCCACCUCUUUCAGCCAUCACCCACAAUUCCUAUGCCAUCUCCUUCUGCCGAGGCCCUCGCUCGUCACUCGCAACAGUAUAUGAACCACUCGGGCUCGUCGGCCUUGACCAACUCCAGUCCUUCGUCUGUAGACGACAUCUUCUCCACCUCCCACUCCUCUGAUCCUCACUCGCUUUCUUCAUGCUACUCCGACUCUCUCACUGCGUCUCUGUCGUUUACGCCCGAUUUGCAGAGCCAAGAAGCCCAAUGGUGGUCUCCCAUGCCGGCCCGAGUCUCUCAACAAACGACCAACUACCACCCUGUGGUCUCAUCACCGGCGCCCCAGCGCCCUUUGCCCACCACUCACAACCAGCCAGACAUGAUGCAAGGGGGGCUGAUGAUCCAAAUGGAUCCCUCCUUUGAUAUGUCGACCGAGCCUUCGUUGCUCCCAAUGAGCGGCCAGAAAUACAUGGCCCCCUAUUCUGCCACUCCGGCUCACAACAUCUCCCGCUCUCCAUCCCAGUCUCCUACCAGUGGAUCUCCCAAGGAUUCCAGCAGCAGCGCCAAAGGCGCCCACAGCCGCAAGCACAGCAGAAAGCUUUCAGGUCAGAGCACAACCACGCCCAAGCCCGUCAAGAGCUCUACUAGUCCUCGUGGGGCAAAUAAGUCGGUCAACGUGUCCUUUGUCAACUUCACAGCCCAUGAUAGCAAGAAGAUUCUUACUGGCGUUGCACCCUCAGGGAGCUCCAAGACCAAGGCUCGACGAGAGCAAGAGGCCCGAGAACGUCGUCGCAAGAUGAGUGAGGCUGCUCUACGUGCCGUUCGCAAUGCUGGCGGAAAUGUUGAGGCUUUGGAAGCCGUCUUUUAUUGA